ACUGGAAUAGAAAAGUAUAAAAACGGCAAGCUGUUCAAUUUUUUCCGUCAGGCAGGACGAUAAGGAGCAAAGUCAAAAUCGAAGUUCUCGCUUAUAGUUUAAUAAAUUCCAACAAAAUACAAAUAAAACCAACAGGGUGACUCUUCCAGGUGAAGUCAAUGUCAAAAUGUCAAUAAUUCGUGCGCUCAGCUUGCACCUGCAUCAGCAGUGCCACCGAAUACUGCCCCAGCAGUGGGCACUGCUGGCAAUGGUGCGUCGUGAGACCCAUCACGAUGGUACACGCUUGAUGAGCGGCGAUCGCGAGGUCGUCGGAUAUGGCAUAAACGGCAAUCCCAUCUAUAUCGAUUGCGUGGAGUUCCCGUUUCCGGCGAUUCGCUAUCGCGAGGUCACAGCCGAGCUGUGCGCGGCUCGCGAAAAGGAGCUAGGUGACUGGAAUUCGUUGUCGCUUCAGGAAAAGAAGCUUCUGUAUCGGCAUAGCUUCUGCCAGACCUACGCCGAGUUCCAGCAUUUUACGCCCGACUGGAAAUUGGCCAUGGGCGUUGGUUUUUGGUCAGCCGCCAUUGGGCUGCUCAUUUCGUUGUCCUAUUACUUCAAGCUGUAUGGUCCCGUGCCGGAAACGUACGCAGAGGACCGGCGCCAGGCGCAGCUGCGUCGCAUCAUUCAACUGCAGAUGAACCCAAUUACCGGGCUGUCGUCCAAGUGGUGCUACCACACCAACAAAUGGAAAUAAUUGGUGGCCACAGCUCAAGCUCAAGCUGAUCCACUAAGAAACACACAGAAACACAACCUCGCUAUACACCACAUAAACCGAAAUUCCCCGGAUCCCAAAUACACAUCGUUAGCGCAAAGUCGAGAAGAAAACACAAAUCAAUCCCUCAAAUGAUAGCCAAACACUUAAUCGAUUUCACAUGAACACAAUAACGCAGAACACAUACAAUUCAUACACCAACAGAAAAUUGUUACAAAAUAAACCCGUUUUAGGCUCGUUUGAUAGAAA